AGGGGAAAAAAAGGAAAAAAAGAGGAAGCAAUAACUGGCAAGGUCUAAAGGGAAGAAGAAGAAAAAUCAACACGACCCACACUGAUCGAAAGCUUGUGAGGCUCUUUCCUUGAUGGCUGGGAAGUCACGAGAGGAAACUGAUCCCAGGUCUGUGAGCAGAUGAAGGUUCUCCGUUUGCCAAAAGUGAUGAGAACAAUUUCCGUUCCUCUUCUGGAUCCUCCAGGCAGCUGCUGUUCUGCCACAUGCAGACACGAGCUAUGAACACACGUCGUACGCGGAGCCCAAACGCCGGCGUGAUCUGUGACAGAGGAGGGCGGAAGAUUCUCUCCAAAACCUGGAUCGGUCAGGACACAAACACACACCAGGCCUCCGUUGGUAAUCGUCUUCAGGGGCAAGCUGCCAUGCACUUUUCACACAGUUAAGGUUGUGUUGGGAUUUUUCAGCCAUGUUGCAGCAGUCGGACCUCAUCUUUGACUUUGCCAGUGACCAUGUCAACAUGUCACAGUUGGGGGGUUACUCGGAUUACCCAGCCGUUAUUGUGGAGCAGGUGCCCCACACACACCUGCUCUCAUAUGGAGGUCUCGCGUGUGAGCAGUCACACACAGCGCAUCACCAGCAGCUGCUCAAAGUGGAGCAAUGUGAAAGUGGAGAGGAGGAGACCAUGGAGACGCUUGUCGCUGCUGACUCGCUCCUCAACAUGGACUGCCCUGACACCCUCUCCCUGGAGCACUACUCCCAGACCUUCUUACCAUCCCUGGGUGAUGUCAUCACUUCUCCUGUUACCCAGGUGACUGUGUCAGCAGAGGGGAUUGUGGGCGCUUUUGACCAGCCACAGUGGCACUCGUUGCACACAAACAAGCCUGCGGCGCAGCUGCAGUCCAAAAAGAGAGGGAGAAAAGCUCGACACAGAAGGGCAGAGUCUCCCACACCUGACAUUAUAGUGAAGAAGGACAAAUACAACAAAGGGGGAAACACACUGUACCUGUGGCAGUUCCUGAUGGAGUUGCUGCAGGACCGACAGGUCUGCCCCCGCUACAUCAAAUGGACCAAUCCGCACGUGGGGAUCUUCAAGCUGGUGAACUCCAAAGCAGUCGCCAGACUCUGGGGCAAACACAAGAACAAGCCGGAUAUGAAUUAUGAGACGAUGGGCAGAGCGCUCAGGUACUACUACCAGAGAGGCAUACUGAAUAAAGUCGAAGGCCAGCGUCUCGUCUACCAGUUCACCUCUCUGCCCAAAGAUAUGAUUUAUAUCACAGACGGCGACGGCAUCAAGGAAGAAGACGAUGACGACCACGAAGACAUUAGUGGCAACGACGAGGCUGCGAGCGACGACUCGGACGCCAGCACGAUACCUUCUAGUGACCAAUCGGUUGAGGAGGAAGACUCGCACCCGCCGCAGAAAAAAAUUUCCUGCUCCUUUCGAGGCCAGCGCGAAUCCACCCCGAGGCCCGCCAGCGCCAGCCUGAUCCAGGAGCAGCAUUUGCCCAUCGUGUCCGCGGAGAUGCUGCGCACCCUGCAGAACCUGCAGAAGGUCCAGUCCCUGCAGCCCGCUGGCCACGCCUCGGUCUUCAAAACGGCCCAGCUGCUGGGGAGCCUGUGUGAGCGGCAGGCUGCCGCAGAGACGGCUGUGGACUGUGGGGGUGCGCGGGAGGCGCCCGAUGGAAGGUCGCACCCAGGACCCAAAACUUCCCAGGUGGAAGCUCCACAGCUGGUGCCUCUAACCAGCUCUCACCAAUAAAUUACACGUUUAAAAACACACACGCAUGCGCACACACACGCACUCCACUGACUCAGGACCAGUUACAGAGCUGCACCAGCGAUGUCUGGACACAAGCGCCGAUGUUCUUUCGGAGUGGGAGCAUUAAUCUAGGAUAAUUUUUAGUAUUUUAGAUAUUACGAAUUCAAAACAAAAGGGAUUCUAGAUCACUACUUCCUCCCCGAGUCGGCAGCACACUCGCAACAUUUCGCCGUUUGCUAUCGAGGAGACGUUAAAAGCUGGCGCGCCUCGUCUCCAGCCUUAUGUCGCACGCUCUCUCUCGCCGUCAAUCACACAAGACACCAAAGACAGACAUGCACUGGAAUCCACAGCCUCUCUGCACCUUCUGAAGACUCUGCUUGCACUUCACCUCUCGCAUCACGGAGCAAAUUGUUCAGUACACUGUGCCCUCCUCCUCUGCCUUUACUCUCCCCCUUUCCCACUCUUUGUGGGGGGGUUUUCUUCUUCAUGCUGAAUCAUUCCUCUGCCUUGAAAACGGCUUUGCACUAAUGUUUACCCCUGCUGUAUGUUUCUUCUCUUAAGUGCCUGACGAUCUCAGUCCAUCCUGUCCCCGCAUCCUGUGUUCCUGAUAAUCAUGAGGUUAUUGAGGGAAAAACAUUCCACAUUAUUAUUAUGAUUGUUAUUUUUAAAUUACUGAAUUUACGUUUGUAUUAUGAAAUGUUAAAAAACAAGGGAUCACUGUUUUUUCUAGAAUAGUAAUUUAGCACUGCUGCUGUUUGUAGUUGAUGUACCUACUCGGUGGGCUUUCCGUUUGUCGACAAUCACCAGUGAAAUGGCCUUUUUAUUUAGCUGCAUUGCCUCCUGUCGAGUCUCUUUAGCCUUUCUACUCUUCGUACAUUCUCUUUACUUAUUACACUUGUGUGUGUGUAUAUACACAAAUGCAUAUAUGCACCUCUAAAGCCUUGAUAUCGUUAUGUAUUGUGUGUUGUUUACUGUAUGUCUUUGAACAAGCUUGACUUUGCCUUGUUGCCAUUUUCUCCCUCAGGUUCGUACACAUUUAGUUUUACUGUGCAGUCUAUGCAAGAGUAAAACAGCGGGCCCUUUUGUAAUGAAGUAAUGCUAAAUUGGGGUUUUCCCCUUCAGUUGAUCUGAGUUCAGCCUCGCAAACCUCACUCCAAAUGAAAACUGAGCUUUGUAGGACUCAAGUGGACUCCUGUGAGGCUGAGCUUGGUGGAGGAGAUGCUUGUAACUGCCUUUCCCAGAGAACCAUAUGCAAAACUGUUUUCACUUUAUUACUGAUUAAGCCAUUUAUUUGGCAUCCCCUCACUUCGCUUCAUCUGGAGAUCUUUUGAUACUGUAAGUUCCACUGAUAUUAUAUAAGCUUGUAGCGGAGGGAGAGGUGGAGCUUUUGUUGCCUUACUCUGGUGUGUUUGCUUUCAUGCUCUCCAGAGGUGUUGAAAAGAUAAUUGUCUAUUAUAUAAAAUAAACUUAAUUUUGUCAUUGUC